CGACACAACCUUCCGACUGCGAUCACCAUGGCUGUCAAAUUAAUCCUCUCCGUCGCUUUGCUCGCCGUCCUGGCCCAAGCCACGUUCGGCCAUAAGGCCUACUCCUUCCAACACCACCAUGGGCCCGUUGUGGGACACCAUCAGCCUGUCCAGUGGGUGGACAAGCACGGCCAUCACCACCUGGACUACGUCGCUCACCCCAAGUACUCCUUCUCUUACGGGGUCGAGGAUCAUCACACGGGCGAUUUCCACGGCCAGAAGGAGUACCGCGACGGAAAGAACGUCGCCGGUGAAUAUUCCCUCAAGGAACCAGGCGGCAAUGUCCGCACCGUCAAGUACCACGCCGACAAGAACGGCUUCCACGCCGUGGUCCACAACAACGGCGGUAACGAUCACUCCGGUGCCCGAGGUCAUUGGUAACGCGCGGAUGAUCACUGGCGGAGAAUUGUUGAAUCGUUGCUUCUUGUAUACCGUUAAUAUUACCCGAAUAAAUCAUUUUUACAGUUGAAACCAUAA